AUGGAGUUGGAGUCAUCGUCUGAAGACGAUGUCUUCGAGAUCCAGCCGGUUCGAAGGAAGGGGUCAACGCGACGCGCAGUUCGUGAGUCGUCGGUGGAGUCGGUGGAGGCCAUGGAGGCGCCAAUCGCAGCGAAGAAGAGUCAACGAAAGCAGGGCGGGAAGAACAAAACCGCUACGGCAAGGCCGGGCGCCCCGGUGAAAAAACCGCGGGGGAAGUCAACGAACAAAGUCAACGACUCUUCGCACGACUCUUCGCGAAAGGCGUCCGCCACGGCCCCCAAAAAAUGGGGGGUGGCGGCUGGGAAUAGCCCUGCCGCCACGGGUGCGAAUGCGAGUGGGAAACCCCAGAAGAAGAAACGCACCAAACUUCCUCGAGCGAAAGAGUCAGAAGCAGAAAAAGAGGCGAGGGAGAGGGCGACGGAGGAACUGAAGGAAAGAAAGGCCCGCAAGUGGGGCACUUUUAUUGAGGCGCGGGGAGUCGUGGAACAAGGCCAGGCCGAGCGGGCAGACAAGAGGAAACAAAACGACCGCUCCCUGCAGGGCGCUGUCAGCGAAAGAAAUCGGAGUCGUCCAAAGCUGGAGAGCCCGGGAAUGCGUCAGCGGGCAGGGCCGCGGACGGCCACCUCUUUGACCGUGAGGAGAAACACCUCCGGGACAGCCGUGGGCGACAGAGAGUACAUGAGGGAAACCACUACGCCAGCGCUCGCCCUCCGUCAGUGUGGUACGGAGGUUCGUCAGCACAUCGACCUUGGUCUCCCAGCCGAUACGAAGACCUUCGCCGGGGACGAAGCUCAAGCAGAGGCCGUAACCGCAGCCGGUCGAGGCACGGAGGCGGUAGUGGCUGGGGCGGUGACAUGCGCAACCUACGAUCGCCCUCUCGAUCGAACCAGAGUUACUACCCCGGUGGUGGUCACGUCUACGGCUCCAGGCGCGGUUCAAGGAGCCGCGAACGGUCUGGGUACUCACCGUCAGGUUCACGAACUUAUUCUAGCCUAG